GUCGGAAGUUAACCAAUGUUUUGUCUAUUACAACUAGUAUUCAUCAUAGAAAAUAGGGCCAUGGAUGGACGAGGAAUGGAUGUCGACCUUGCAUCAAAUGUCAAGUCAUUGGCAAUGGGAAUCACACAAUAUCAAUAUCAUAAAUCAGAAAGUAAUCUGUCUCAUGUACUUCGCCAUACUGAGGUUUUGCUCGGGGCAUUAAACAUGCAUUCAUCACACCAGCUUUUCAAUUCAAGAAGUGUUCUUGGUUCCGAAUGUAUCGCAUCAAUGGUAAAGUUGAUAUCAGAUUCUACGACGGAUUCCCAUUUAUUAAGUAAAAUAGUUGAGCUACUCAAUACAAUUUCAAAAGUCACAAAUGUAUGCUCUCAUCUCCAAGAAUCAUUCAGCUUGGCUUCUGUGCUGUGUUUGUAUAUUGUACAACACUGUCAAUUAGAACAUUGUAGUCACAUAAUGCCCUCUGCUCUAUUGCUUCUGGAAAAAGUUACAUAUGCCAGACCUAUAUCUUCUGGUAUAAGUCAUCUGAAUCAAUUAUUAACAUAUAUCUUACAAGAAAUUGAAAAAGGAGAAAGCGAUACUGGCCUUCCAUGCUUGAGGGUUUUAAACAAUCUAAUUGUGAACAAUAUGUCAAUACAGAUUCAAACCAAAUCUCUUAUGAAUUCAAAAAGAACAAAGAAUUUCAUGUUGUUAUUGAAGCAUGGAGUAUCUCAACAAAGUAUUUUGUCACUUUCGAUUCUAACGUGUAUAUUUUGGGGAGAUGAUAUUGCCAAAAAGCUAUACAGAUCUCAGAAUUGGUUUAAGGCAAUGAAAUUAAUUUUUUCCACUUUGAGUGGAUAUGUGAAUUCAGAUGCAUUAACAGUAGCGGCUGAUUUAUGUACGGAACUUUUGAAACAUGGAGAAAUAGCUCAGCAACUUGCUAUGUACGAAGAAGAAAAUAGCUGCUCUACUAAGUUGUUUGAUCAUCUCAGUGAGGUACCGCGAUCUUCAUCAAAGAUUCUUCAGGUUAUUUGUGCUUUUUGCCACAUAGGUUUGGUUCGAUCGAGCAUAUGCCAGCGAAUUUUAAAGGAUGAUAUGCGUUGCUGGAAAAUAUUGUUACACGUUGCUGGUGCUGAAAAACACGAUCUAUCAACAUCAUUGGAAAACUCACCAUCACUUCUCGCUCUUGAUUUGGUAAAAGAAAUGUGUGAGGAAGUUGUAGAAUCUGCAAAUGAACCAAUGAAUGAGUGGACAAACUAUCUAUUUGCUACAUUAAAUAUCCACCUAUCACAACCAUUUCAUAAUGAUCCUUCCCAGCUCAAGUUCUGUCUUCUUAAAAUUUUAAAAAGUUUGCAAAUUUUGCUUUGCCUAUCAUCCGAAGAUGAUGAUUUACUAUCAAAAGUUGGCAAGAAUGUGAAUUGUGAUGUUUUAGAAUCUGUACUUGAACAUCAACUUACUCAAAAUCUUACUGGAAUUGUUACAACACAACCUGAUUGGAGUGAAAUCGGAGUUGAUGUUGUUUUAACCACACUCGAGUUAAUGCUCAAGGUGAAGCAUGUUGUGCCAGGAUUGGAAAAAGUAAUGUAUAAAACUUUACAAGAAAUAAGAAUGGUGCCAUUUCUUGUUGCUGCUUUAUCCAGUGGUAAAAGUAGUAAAGUUCAAUGUGCUUUCCGCCUUCAUCAAGAAGCUUCGUCUUUACCUGACUUUCCUUCAGUUUUACUCGGUGAAAGGAUGGCUGAAGUCAAUAAUAAAAGAGAAAAUUUUAACAGUGGUAUUAGAAUGCACAAGAUUUCAGUACAUGAUGCAUCAAAGGAUUUAAAGACUGUGCAGUCUAAUUUUGAUCGACCUGAUGCUAUCUGGAAUGAUGUACAUCGCACCAAUGUUCUUGACAACAUAAGCGUCGCUUCUGUUUCAAGUAGUUCUUCUUGUGAGGAUAAAGAAAAUCUUGAUUCGCUAAUUAACAAAAUGCAGGGUAAAUUGCAGGUUGAUAAAAAACUGUCUGGAAGGACAUCACAGAUAGUGGAAAUGUAUGAACAGAAGAUAUCAUCUCUCCAAACUAAAGAAAGCCACUUGCAGGAUCUACUUGAUGCUAAAGCUCUAGCACUUGCCCAGGCUGACCGGGUUAUUGCUCAAAAUAGAUGUCAACGAAUACAAUCUGAAGAAGAAUCAAGGAGAUUGGCUCAUAUGCUGCAAGAAUCUGAGAUUAAAUGUGAACACCUACUUUUGGAGAUUCAAAGAGUGGAAUCGAAUCAGAAAGAUGUUGAAAAAGAGCUCGAAUCUACUGUGGAAGAAAACAAAAAUUUGCAAAAAAUAGCAGAACAAUACGAUAGCUUGCAAGCGGCGUUUAACGAUAAAAAACAUAGAAUUGAAGUGCAGGAAAGAAAUCUGGCUGCUCUUUCCCAAGAGUAUGACACAUUAAAAGAAAUGCAUGAUAUGUUCCAAAAACACAAUGAAAAAUUGAAACAACAGAUGAAUGAAGGGGUACAUAGACUUGAAGAGUUGGAAGAAGAGAGGUUAAAACUUCUGAAAGAUGCAGGGGACAAACAAAUGCAAAUUCACGAACUUGAAGGUCUUGUGAUGGAGAGUGAGAAGGUUGCAAGACAACUUCUUGAUGAGAAAUCAGAGCAAGAAGUUUUAAUCAAGAAUUUGAAGUCGAAUAUACAAAACUUAGAUGAGGAAGCAAAAAGUCAAAAGAUAAAGCUUUCUUCUCUUGAUCGAACUAAACAACAAUUGGAACAUCAAUUGAAAGAACGUGGAAAUGAAAUUAAAAGACUUCAUCAGAGAAAUGAUACACAAGAGAAAAAGGUUGUUUCUUUAUAUUCUGAAAAAGAAACUCUUACUCAAGAAAUUUCAACCAAGGAUGAUGAAAUUAAGAAACUUCAUGAGAAGUUAACAGAACAGAAGCAGACUUUCCUAAAGAUAACUCAACUUUCAGCCGCGUUACAAAACAGUCAAGGUUGAAGAUAGUUUUGAAAGUCAAAUUUUAUGAUUCGUCAGUAAUCAAUGUGUACCAAAAUUUUAAAUAUGGCUCAAUUUGUUGCAGAUGCAGUAUUGAUUAAGUUGGAUAAUUUUAUAAAAUAUUACCCUUUUUAUCAUUGGACAUCACAUUCCUCAAUGCUUAAUAAUAGGUUUUCAAAUGCCAAUAAUCUUUGUAACUAGGAAUUAUAGCCAGAUUUGCUCAUUCCUGGACUAUUUUGCUUUGUUCUUUUUGUCAAUAUAAAAUAUUAUUCCAAAUGCAUUUACUGUAGUAUUAUGGCGAACUCAUUUGAGUUCUUUUUUUCAGUUUUUACAGGUUUCCUUGUAUAAUUUGCUGGAAAUAUUUACCAAAUUAUUGAUUUAAUAUAUCGGGUGCCAUCUUUGGGUAAAUUUUCUUGAUGGAAACACUUGUUUCGAUAUGAAAUUUUGUUGUUGUAAAAAUACAUAUAUAUUCAAACACA